CUCUGAUUCCUGGGCGCCGUGCCGCCUUCGUCGCCCUCCCCUCUUCCCAACAACGCUCGCUUCUGUCGGCCCCUCUCCUUCCCGAUGGACGGCGCAACAUCGAUCCUCCGAUUGUCGGAAUACCCCCGGUCGCUGGUGCUCUCGCCAGUGUCGUCCGGACGCUGCCCGGCUCUCGUUCUCGACAAGACCACGGAAGAUGCCGUCAACCCCAAGGUGUGCUCGGCAUUUGAGCGGAGCGACACUCUCGACCUGUCGCUCUUCAGCCGGUCGUCCGUGGCUCCGAAGCGAGUCUGGGGCUGCAUCGGCACAAUCGAGGUCUCGAGCGACUCGACCAAGGACCUGUUCCUCGGAGUCAUCACGGAUGCCGUCGUCGCUGGCCGUCUCGAAAACUCGACCGUCUUCCGCAUCACCGAGGUCUCGUUCUACUCGGCGCUGACGUCUCGAUACGACCGCAUGAACGAAAUCCUCGAUAACAACAACCCCGACGAGUCCAAGCCACAACACCCUUGCUCCACCUUGAUCAAGCUGCUUUCCGACGGCAGCUUUUACUUUUGCAGAAACUACGAUAUGACUCGCUCCUAUCAGCGACAGAACCGCGAUGCCGACAGCAGCAUCUUCACCUCGCCGGACCCCCACUAUGUCUGGAACAAGUCGAUGCUGCAGAACAUCCUCAAGAUGCGCGACGAGCUCCAUCUUUCCGAGCGUGCGGCUCUCGACAGCAGUGGCCUGAUCACCCUGGUGACCCGCGGGUACUUUGGUGAUAUUGACUACCGCUCGUAUGGCAGUGGGCAGUUGCGCAUGGCAAUCUGCAGCCGUCUGAGCUGCGAGAAUGCGGGGACCCGAUUCAAUGCUCGCGGUAUCAAUGACGACGGCCAUGCCUCCAACUUUGUCGAGACCGAAUUCAUCGUCUAUAUCGGAACAACCUGCUUUUCGUUCGUGCAGCUCAGAGGCAGUGUGCCCGUGUUCUGGGAGCAAACCGGUAUUCAGAUGACUCACAACCCCGUUUUGAGCCGAAGCACCGAGGCAACAGCCCCUGCAUUCCGGAAGCACUUUCAGGAGUUGACACGCACCUACGGCGAUGUCCACAUCUGCAAUCUCCUGAGCAACAAGGAGGGCUCUCCCGAGACAGGGCUCGGGGAGGAGUACCGAAAGCAAUACGUUCUCUGUCAGCGAGAAAACAGCAGUCUUAGUUACCUGGCCUUUGACUUUCACAGCGAGUCCAAGCGACCCACGGGCACCUUCCAGCAAAACGUCUAUGCCAUCGUACAGCGACUGCGAGACAAGCUUGAGCACGACCAAUACUAUCUGAUGAACGAAGGCGAGGUGAUCACCAUGCAAAGUGGAGCCAUGCGAGUCAACUGUUUGGACUGCCUUGACCGCACCAACUUUGUCCAGACGAUGCUGGCACGUGAGGUGCUUGAGGCGCACUUGCGGCAGCUGAACAUGGCUCCUAUGGUAUCGGAUCAAGACUUUCAGAGUCGGUUCAAUCAGAUCUGGGCCGAUAACGGCGACGAACUCAGUCGCAUCUACGCUGGCACUGGAGCCCUCAAGUCGUCCUUUACUCGAGCCGGCAAACAGACCGUGGGAGGCUUCUUCGACGACGCCAUGAAGUCUGCCCAGCGCUUUGUGAUCAACAACUUCAAGGACAAGAACCGCCAAGAGACCAUUGAUCUGCUCCUCGGCAAGUUUGCCGGUCGUGACACCAUUCUAGUCCGAAACCCAAUCCACGAGUCCGUGGUCGUCCAGCUUCAAGAUCGCCAGGCAGAGUACUCAUCUCUCUGGCCCAGCAGCGUGUUCCUGGCCACCUGGAACGUUGGUGGCCGACUGCCCAACAAGGAGCUUACUCUGGAGCCACUCAUUCACCAUCCUCGCGCCGAACUCCCCGAGAUCUACGCCAUCGGCAUCCAAGAGCUCAUCAACCUGGACAUUCAAACAAUGAUCACGAGUGACAUUGGCCCCAUCAAGACCCAGUGGGAGUCUGCUCUCCUGUCCACCAUCAACCAACGAUGCAAGCGACUCAGCAAGAGCUACCAGUACACUCUCCUCCGCGGCGUCAACUCGUAUGCCCUGGCGCUCUUUGUAUUUGUUCGAUCAGAUUGCAUCAAAAACAUCAAGAAUGUUGAAAUCUCGAUCAAGAAGACCGGUGUUGCGGGUUUGAUUGCCAACAAGGGCGGCAUUGGUCUAAGCUUAGACUUUAACGAUACGAGCAUCGUGUUUGUGACCUCUCAUUUUGCGGCCGGAGCAAGUUCGGUUGCGGAGCGCAAUGCCGAUUUUGCUGCGAUCCAAGGAAGCUUGAACUUCAAGGGCAAAUCGCUCUACGACCACGACAUGAUCUUUUGGUUUGGCGACUUCAACUACCGCCUCUCCAAGGAAGUCGACAAUGACUUUGUCCGCAGAAUGGUUCGCGAAGAACGAUAUGCCGAGCUGCUCGGUUACGAUCAGCUCAGCGAGGAAAGGCGAUAUGGCAACGCCUUUGAUGGCUUCACCGAAUCGGCAAUCACGUUUGCCCCAACUUACAAGUUCGACUAUGGAACUACCGACUAUGACACCAGCGAAAAGCAGCGCGUCCCCUCUUGGACCGACAGAGUUCUCUACUAUGGAAAGGGAAUCAACCAGCUGGACUACACUUGUAUCCCGCUGCUGAUGUCGGACCACCGGCCUGUUGUGUCCGUCUUUGAUAUCCAAACGGCUGUUGUCGACGUGGCCAAACGCGAGACUCUUGAGAGGGAGCUCUAUCGCGAGGCUCGACGCUCUGGGGUCCCACUGGCCAUCAGACCCUCUGCCAAGCCGCGAGCUGCACCUCGCCCGCCAAGCACGGCCCUGCUGAUCGAUUUGUCUGGAGGAUCGCCUCCAAAGCGAGCAGAGAAGCUUCCAACCGACAACCUCCCCCCUCCCUCGACUGACUCGGACCGAUGGUGGGAUAAGGAGAUUGACGAAGCGUGGAUCCCGCACGAGGGCGACGAGAACAAUCCGUUCUACAAGCUGCCUCGGUCCGGCAUCACGCCAAAGAGCCCCGAGCCCCUUCGACAAAAGUCGCCCAACGUCCCGGCCUCCAGGACAAACGGCAGCCAGCCGGUGUCCCAGUCGAGCGAGAACCCGUUCCUCGACAAGCUGGACCCCGAGCUUGUGGCCGUAUUCAAGGCUUCGUGAGGGAAAGGGUAGCAGCAAUGACUUCGACCAGAGAGGAAGGGCACCGCUGGUGACCUGUGGCUCGGGCUGAGAGUAUCAGUCUCUGCAACGAGCCCUGCUCAUGCCUGGUUGACAGAGCCGACGACUCUGCUCGCCGCCAGGGCCGCUGAAUACAAACGACGGUCUCAGCACGAG